AUGAAGAGCCAACAUCCACUACUGCCGGGCGGCGAGCGGUCCGUGCUAGCCGGCGACGGCAUCGGCGAGCCCAACCUGCGUGAGCACCUGAUGGCGCACCCGCGCAUCAACGAGCGGGACUACAGCGUCGAGUCCGAGUACGAGUACGGCUCGCGCGCGGGCUUCUGGCGCAUGUUCCGGCUCUUCUCCAAGCACGGGCUCAAGUUCACCCUCUACGCCGCCGGCCACGACGUGGCGUCGCACGCCUACUGCUGGAUAAAUUACCAUGACUACCCCGUCGACCGCGAGCGCGAGUACAUCAAGAAGGCCGUCUUGUCGCUCAAGGCGCCGACGGGCUACGCGCCCCGUGGCUGGUACUACAGCCGCCCGUCGCCCCACAGCCGCAGCCUCGUGCCGGUCGUGUACGAGGAGCUGGGCGAGGAAUUGGUGCGGGCCAGCGACGCCUACGCCGACGACGUGCCGUACUGGACCGACUUGCCCAUGGAGCGGGACUGCCUAAAGCUCAAGAGGUGUCUAAUGGUGCCCUACUCGUACGACUGCAAUGACUUCAAAUUCUUGUCUGCUGGCCCUGGGUUUCGCGACACCGAGGGCUUUUACAACCACCUGAAGAAUGCGUUUGAUAUGCUGUACGAGGAGGGCCAGGAGGGAGCACCCAAGAUGAUGACUAUUGGCCUGCCCUGUCGCAUCACCGGCCGCCCGGGUCGGUUCGCCGCGCUGAGGGACUUUGUCGAGUACAUUGGCAAGAAGGAGGGCGUGGGGUGGCAACACGAGCAGUAUCCAUACAAGAAAGGGAGAUUGGCAUGA